UCACCUGAGCGCAACACACACACACAUGAACACCGUGAAUGUGGCAAGCUGUUUUAACAUUUAUUAAGCAGGCUGGAUUUGUGUUCCAGGUAUCUAUAUUUACAUGUUUCCUAGUAGAAGCUAACAGGGUGAAGGUAUUUGGAUAGGACUAUCAAGAAUGAACGUGUGGAAACUGUCGGUUCCCGUGUGAACAACCACACAGAACAAGGAUUUCAUCAGAAAAUCACAGAUAACAUCGAGACCUGCAGCGUAAAACGUAGCUUAGACCCCAGCUGAGCGCCUGGGCCAGACAGUCAUCAGAACCUGCUCGUAGUAAAACCUGGUCUGUGUGUAAUCAGGUCACAGGGGACGCGAGCCGGGGACAUGUCCACACAGGCCGGGGACAUGUCCACACCAUUUUAGCUGAAAUGUUUGGUCCGACCACAUUAAACUCCUACUAUGGUCAUUUAUCCCGGACCUCUAGAGAGCAGAAGUGCUGGACUCGGAUGAUGAAAGUAAAUUUUUAACCCGAUCUCUGUCACUUCCUGUUUCAGUCUUGGUGUUUCUGGCUCACUGCCAGCUUAAAAACUGCAGCCAGUUUCUCUUUAAUACAUCAUUAUUGCAUUUCAUUCAUAAUACUUUAACUGUGAAUUAAAUUAAACCGUAAUUCAUUUAUUUAGUUUAAUUUUCAACAUUUCUGAAAGGAGCGAUGCAUGCUGGGAAAUCUGUCACCUAACCAGUGAUCAGCGUGCUGAACCGUAAACACUAGCUAGCGCUUCAGCUAACGUUAGGUUCACAUCAAACAUGAUGAGACUGGUCGUUUGACGUGACUUCUGCUGUUAGGGCAGCACUUCAGUCAGAUAUCACUUUUAUUUUCUCAGACGGUCCUUCUGUGAGACCAUAACAAUGUCUCAUCUGGCGGAUCAUGGACAGCUCAGCUCUGGCAAGAUAAUAUGGAUUCACCAGACACCUGGAGCAGGUGUGGAGGAUGUGUGGCUGGUGUGUGUGUGUGUGCUAAGCUUCUGUACUGGGGAUCACAGUGGAUUGGACAGAAGUGACCACACCCACCCAAACCAUCAACACCUGGUUUCCAAUGGCGACACAGCUUCAGACUUGUGUGUCCUCGACCCGCUGCUCUGCCGAGAUGACAACUCCCUCCUGAGCUUCGAGGCAAUCCGCAGCAUCCACAAGCUGAUGGACGAUGACGCUGAUGGGAUGGUGGACGCCACAGAAACUGACGAGUUCAUCAGGGAGGACCUGAACUUCCAUGACCCCAAAGCCAAACACAGCAGCUUCCACAGAACCGACCCACACAUCAGCGUGGAGGACAUGUGGAACGCCUGGAAGAGCUCAGAAGGUUAUAACUGGACGGUGCAGCAGGUGGAAGACUGGCUCUCCAACAGCGUGGAACUUCCUCAGUACGCUGACAGCUUCAGGAACCACCAGCUGGAUGGGAAAUCUCUGCCCAGGCUGGCAGUGAAGAACUCCUCUCUGACUGUGGUGCUGCUGAAGAUUCUGGACCGAAGUCACACUCAGAAGCUGCAGCUCAAAGCUCUGCACAUGGUUCUGUUCGGACCUCCUCCAGGCCAGCAGAACCGGUGGAAGGACCUGGUUCUGGUCCUGUCGGUCCUGAUGGCGCUGGGCGGAUGCUGGUUUGCCUACGUUCAGACCCGCAGGUCCAGGAACGAUCUGGGGAAGCUGAAGAAGGACCUGGAGGGUCUGCAGACAGCAGAGCAGAGUCUUCUUGAUCUUCAGGAGAAACUCCAUCAGGCCCAGGAGGAACAGCGCUGUGUUCAGGUGGAGAAGGUGCGGGUGGAGGAGGAGCUGAAGACCGAGAUCACCUCAGCCAAGCAGGAGGCCCAGCGUCUCCGUGAGCUGCGAGAAGGAGCCGAGAACCAGAGGAGCCGGCAGAAAUAUGCCGACCAGGAGCUAGAACAGGUUCGAACGCUGCUGAGAAAGGCAGAGAAGGAGCUGGAGUCACGGGCCCGCUGGACACCACCAGACGUUCUGCAGAAGUGGCUCCAGCUGACCCAUGAAGUGGAAGUUCAGUAUUACAACAAGAAGAAGCAGAGUGCAGAGAAGCAGCUGCUGCAAGCGCGGGAGGGGGCAGAGAAGAUCAAGAAGAAGAGGAGCUCUCUCUUGGGGGCCUUUCAUGUGGCUCACAGCUCUUCUCUGGAUGAUGUCGACCACAAGAUCCUCUCCGCCAAACAGGCCCUGGCUGAGGUGACGACAGCUCUGAGGGAGAAACUCCACCGCUGGCAGCAGAUCGAAGCUCUGACAGGCUUCUGUCUGGUCAAUAAUCCCGGUCUGGGGGCGCUGGCCACCGCCCUCAACCUGGACCUGGCCUUCCUCGGCCUGCGACCUCCGACCCCUCAGAAUCUCCUGCUGUCAGAUGACCUGGAUGACAUGGAUGAGGACAUCCUGUCUCCUGGGACGCUGCAGUAUGCAGCGUGGCAGAUGGAUCGGCGUGUGAGUGACCUUUGGCCUCUGAGUGGCAUCACAGACAACCAGUCACCAUGGAAACAGUCAGUUCAGAGUCUGAUGCCCCUGCGACAGAGGACGGGAGACCCUGGGUUGUUCAGUUCACAGAGGGACACCGUGAACCGCUCUGACUCAGCCCUCCCACUGUCUCUAAGCGAAUCACAAGUUUCGUUUCAGUCGUACCUGCAAUCAUCUAGGCUCGACCCCCUGCAGAUGGGGAGCUCUGCCCUGAGCAAAGGUGGUGGUCUGGAGAAGAGCUCCAGCCUGGUGGAGCUGAGAGGCAGCUCCGCCCUCGCCUCCUCCUGCUCCACACGCUCCCUCUGCAUCACACCAGACUGCACCGAAGGGCCUGUGGCCUUCUCAUCCUCUGCCUCAUCCAGCUCAUCGAGCAGUGGUCAGGGGGACGGGGUCAACAUUAGUGGGAGGAGCCACCAGGAGGAUGGAGGGCAGCAGACCGACUCCCCAAGGAACCGCAAGAGGAAGGUUUUCCAACAGAUCUUCAAAAGAAAGCAGGACCACCACUGAAGGUGGCAGUUGUAUCACUUCCAGCUUCAUCUUUUCACCUCCUAGGAUGAGGGAAGAAAACCACCUGAAGCCACCUGGGUUCAGACAAAAACUCACCACAGCUAAAAGUUUAGAUUCAUUUAGUUUGUAUAUUUUAAACUUAUUUAUUUUUGUUUUUGUUUCUUUUGUUUAUGGAGACCAAAGAAGUUCUCAGCUGAUCCAGCAGGACCCUCCGUAUGGUCCGAACCUCCCCAGAACCCUGCUUCAAGAUCCAAACUCUCUCAUGAAAAAGUUGUUUAAAUCUUCAUGAAUAAAGCAUUUACUCAAACGUGACUCUUGGAGCAAAGCAUUGUGGGUAAGGUGGAUGCCCCGAAGUUGACCACGCCCCCAUUGCACCCUUAAGCUGCAGCGAUGCUAACCUCGGGCAAGGGUAUUACCCACAAGUCAUUGCUGCUGGAGAAAAGGCUCAAGUUCCUUUUCUGAAAAUAUGUAUUUUCUAUUGAUACUAGUUAAUUUUAGGAUGAUUAGUUGAUGCUCUAAAACUUAGACAAAGCAGGAAUGAAUGUAAGUUUAUUUCAAAUAACUGGUAGUUUUGUUUAAAAGUUGUUAAUAAAGGUUUGGGAAAUAGUA